AUGAACGCCGCAACUGCCCGCGGCAUCAAGGAGGACAAGGAAGGCAGGCAAGGCAGAAACCGCGCCGGCUCUCUGCAGUCCAAGCAGCCCGAGUGUGACCAACGCUGCUGGAUCGAGUACAUGGACGAGUGUUGGAGCUUUGCCGCCAAGGGCGCCCGCGUCGUGGUCAUCAACCUUGGGCCACCGGGGCGCGGUGGCGCUCAAGAUGAGGAAGAGGAGCGCCAAGACUUCAUCGGCGCCUACGUGGUCGAGCUCCGCCAGCGAAGAUCGGGCGAGGAGGAAAACAUAAACGCCGCCAUAAACGUCGGCGUCAAGUCGGGUGGCCUGUCAAUCUGGGAUCAGCUCGAGAUCCACGAUGACUUUGAGUGGAUUAGCGAUAUAUAG